GUCUGUUUACGGUAAGUCCCAAAUCAUUUACCGACCCUUUGUCGUGUAAAGUGGAAACAAGUUAAGGUUAGCAGACUAUGUUUAAUUGGCUGUCAAACAGAUUAGCAUUGUCCGGAUGUUGGUAUCAUAAUAUUUAGCGGAUAGAAAUAGUUGUUGCUUUCAAUUUAGUCAACUUGUCCAAGGACGCAUUUCACCUCCCUUAUAUCCAAACGCAAUGGCAUCAUUCAGCAUAAAUGCCAUCCUUGGACUUUCAACGCAAAAACAACAAGAAAUUAACGAUGUUGAUGUGCGCCACACGAAUUGUGUUGAUGAACGUUCCAGUCAACAACAGGACCAAAAAGAACAUUGCCCCUCAAAGUUCGUACCCCACAGUGAUGAAAUCGACGACGGCGCUGAGUUCCCCAGACAAGAGGACCUCUUGAACAAGAUACGGCGAAGGCGAACAGCCUUCACAAGCAGCCAGUUAAAAUCUUUGGAGCAAAAGUUUCGAGAUAAGAAAUACUUAACGAUCACAGAGAGAAACAACUUGGCUAACAGUCUCCGUCUUACGGAUACUCAAGUCAAAACAUGGUUUCAGAACCGACGGACUAAAUGGAAAAAGCAAAUGGCGCCUGAGUUUGAAGCAAACUUACGGUGGGAAGAAGCAAACACUAUGUUUUAUCCGAUACAAACUGCAGUGUUUCCUUAUUACGAACAAUUUGCACUACCAGUGCCACCGCUUCCUUACAAGUAUAACAUUGUACCGAGUUUCUGUCCCUCAUCUAAUUUGCAACUAGUUCAGACAAAUAUUCAUUCAUUUGUGUCAGCCCACGGCUCGGUUUAAAAGGAUCUCACUUUCCACCCAGAAGAAGCUAUAUCAUUUGAACUAUUUACUACUUACUCACUUAUUUACUUACUUACCAGUUAUACAAAAGUUUAAAGAUCAUACUAUUGUAGUUAUUUUAUUAAGGUAUUGGCCAGUUAGGGUGAACAACGCGCUUGCAACAUAUCUUUACGAGUGGGUUUUAGAAAAAAAUCCUUGGAGAACUAGUCAUAUUUGACAUGAAUUUUAUUGUUCCCUUGGAUCGAACAACGCCUGAACCGAAUUGUUCUUCACGAAUUACUCCUAAAAGCUCAGUUGAAACCCUCGGUGGUUAAUUAAUUGCCAAGAAAGUGGCGCUGUAUAGAAUAUCUGCCCAGAACGAUAUGGAAUCAAUAUCUGGGUUUGUACUCUGCGAAAGAGGAAAAACGAAAACCAAAGGAAACCGCAACAGACAAUGGGACUAGGGUGUAGCAUCACCUAACGCUCUAUUUACCUUAAAUUUAGCUUAGAGUCUAAGAAUGUAUUCAAAAUUAGGUGUUAACAACACGCCUUUUUCGUAAGCUGAUUUGGAAGGCCUGGCCUACCCCUACUUUUGCAGAUUUAAAGUAACUAAUCAGUCUUCUUUGUAUGUGAAUAUUUUUUUAUGUAUGGAGAUUCUUAUGGAAAUUACUUUUACCAUUCACUCGUCAAACAGCUUGUAAAUAAUCUUUACUCAUUGUAAACGCCUCAGUAUUCCAAAAAUAUUGCAUAACAUUGUAAGAAAUGCUCUCAACUACGUCACAACGAGUUGAAUUUUAGUUAUCACCUGUAAAUCUCAAAAAUAUGUUUGAAAUGAA